AUGGAAAGGCAGCAACAACAGAUGCAUCAGAUGAUCACCGACAUGGGUGAUCAGUUUCAAGCAGUUAUUAGGAACUUACAGACUCCGCAGGCAGUCCCUGCAGCCCCUGCUGUACCUCCCCCUCCUGUACAACAACAUGAUACUGAGGGAUGUAUGAUGGAAAGAUUUCUUAAGAUGCAGCCCCUUACUUUUGCCGGGAUCAGCAGAGAUAUCUUGCUACCCGUUAAAUGGGUGAAGGAAAUGAAAAAGGCAUUAAAGUUUCUGGGCUGUAAUGAAAAGCAGAAACUUAUAUGUGCUGGAUACAAGCUCCAGUACGAGGCAGAAGCUUGGUGGGAAACUACUAGGCCUAUUUUGGAGGUAGCACACCCAGUUAUAACAUGGGACAUUUUCAAGCAGGCCUUCUUUGCAAAUUACUUUCCCACCAGUGUAAGGAAGAAGAAGGAGAUAGAAUUGGCAGAGCUAACACAGGGACCUAAAUCUGUGUUAGAAUACCAGCAGAAGUUCGAAGAGCUUUUCUUCUUUGCCCCUCCUUACCUGAGUGAUGAUGAAGCAAAGGCACAGAAGUUUGAGGAUGGAUUGAGGCCACAGAUUGUCUCUAUAAUGGCCACCAGACCGACUCAAGGAUACUCAGAGACUGUGCAAACUGCAAAGAAGAUUGAGGAUAAGCAGAGGGAUGCUUAUCAUGUCAGUCAGUCAUCCGGCAAACGAGCAGCCCCGUUCUUUGAUAGAGGAUUCAGCAAAUUCAGCAAAUCUUCUGGAUCUAGUGCAGCUCCAGCCUUGCCACAGAAGAGUUAG